UGGAAAAUGUGGUAAUGAAGAUAACAUUUAAUUUUUUUUAAGAGCACCUUUCCGCGAGAGAAGAAAGAAUUCUAUUACAUGUCAAAACUAUGACAGUAAGGUGAUGAAAAUGUGAAUACCUAUUAGUUAGAAAGAUUAGAAAAUCCCAGAUAUGAAAAUGACAGAUACAAGAAAAUAAUCAAACUAAUUCCAGAACCUGAUGAUUCACAGAUUGAAGUGAUGAAACUUCUCUUUCUACUUCGGCGUAUGGGUUUAUUUCGCAAAGCACGACAACUUGAUGCGAGGGAGCCACGCAGAUGUCAGGGUUGGUCGGGAAAAAUGAAGAUCCGCAAAUGCAUCCUUCUGGCAAGAUGCCCUGUGACGAACAUCCUCCAUCCAAUGAAGAGGGCGAGAUUCGUGAAAAGUGCGGCGAGACCCCUUGUCCAGAAAUAGAACGAACAGGAGCCGGGGAACCCAAAGUGACUGAAACUUCAGUGUUCCUUGCAAAUUUCAACCGCCGAGUCGACUAAUCCGAACUUCACUGCAGUUGGUGUGCGAUGCUCUUCAAAUCACAGUGAUGUCAUCGAACUUCGGAUAUUUGAUGUUUUGAAGCAACGGAUGAGUUCGUUCUAGGUUUGGAAUACACUUGUUGAUGUGCUUUUCUGUGCCCGUGACUUAUUUGUACUCAGGUGCGACAUGGAAUAUCUAAAUUAUUAUAUCAAGGAGUGUAGAAGAAAUUUCAUGUAUUGAGUGAUUGUGAGUGCAACGUUAGCUCAAAUCGUCUUUGUGUUUCAGUGAUGAAUAUGUGGAACUUCCCACAUUUCUAAUGAAGAUUCUGAAAUGCUUUGAAAGUUUAGCAAACGCUUGUUUGAAAAGUAGUUCGAAGUGCGAAUCAAAUUUUUAAAACAUCUUAAAAAAUCUGCUACGUAAAAUUUAUGAAAUGGCAAAAUAGAACUUAAGUAUUUCGUCAUAUAUAUUGUUCUGUGGAUAUAUUCAGUCUUACUUGAUUGCUUCAUAGAUUAAUGAAAGAACUGUUUCGGGUUCAUUGUCAGGAGGAAAUGGAUUUAAGUGCUUUUCGGAGGUGAAAUAAAAGUUUAUGCUUGAAGAGUUUAUAUUGACUGUUCAUAUUGCGGUUGAACGGAAAUUCUGUAAGCUGCUAUUUGAGAUUUAUUAAAAGAGAAUUAUUUAAUUAAAAGUAGAGAAAAGUACAACGUAAGUUCUCCAAACAAAUUCUGUCUUCAGCUACAGGUAAGACUUUUGUUUAACUAAUGAGUAUGCUUUGAAAUUUAAUUUAAAUCUGUUAAUGUAUUAACGAUUAGGAAUUAAAAAACAGCCAGCCGAUUUCAAAAGCGAUCAUCUUGCUAAAAUACAGCUGCAUUUACUUAAAUUUGCGAAUUAAUGCUAACUCAAAUACUAUGAUCUUUCCUUUGGGAAGUACCCGUAUUAGAUGUUUUCAGUUAAUAAUUAAAUAAAAGCAUACGAAUUUUUAUCCUGUUAAAAAUAUCUUGAAUAUUUUCUUAAUAAAUGUUUUAAAAAUGUGCAUAGUUUAAAAUUAACUAAUAUUUAUAUACUCAAUAAACACUAGGGAGUUUUAGCACUUUUUUUAAUAUUUAAGCUUUAAUCGAAAUAUAAAGAUGGGAAUAGAACUCUAAAGGUAAAAUUCAAAUUCAAAUUAAAGAAUAAGCUUUUCAGAACUUAGUCAAGCAUCGCAAUGAACAAUUACUAACGGUACAUAUGUGUAUACGUAUAUCUUUUAAUUAAAGAAAAUUGUUUUUUUAGGAUAGAAUAACAAAGUAUCGAAAAAUGAUUCAAAUUGUUUAACUUAGAUAUUCUAUUACUACGAUAUCAGGCAAAUGAAAUAUCUCUGACAAUAUAUGUCGCUGGCUGAAAGAACUAAACAAUGAAUUAAGUUUUAGAUUUCGUAAGUAAUAAUAUCUCACAAAUGAUAGUCAGAUAAAGUUAAAAAAUUUCUAUCUUGUCAUUUCAUAAGUUCUUAAUAACUAGUAAUAGUUUGGCAUUAAUAAUGAGAAUUGGAUAAGUACCCAGAUACUAAAGAAUUUUGCUUUUGCUUAAAAUUUUAGUAUUUCAGUUUUAUUUGCAUAUUAAUAUAAACAGAUAAGCACGAAAUAUAAGAUUUGUAGAACCAUUUCUCCAUUAUAAGUCAGUGUUUACAGUAAAUGAACUUCUGAAUGUAAAAUAAUUAAAAUGGAAUCUAAGAGUUAUUCUUUCAACCAUAAUGAAGAUAUCAGACAACUGACUUUCACCCCUGAGUUGAGAAGAAUAACAUGCUUGGAUAAGAUGAAGGAUCCUAAAAUAAUAAAAUCUCCUUCUUGGCCAUCUUCUCCUUCAACUGUCAGAAAUGAAAUGGGGCAAAAAACAUUUCAACCAGAAUAUUGGACAAUUGGCAGAAAGGGAUUUGAAAAAAAAGUUUCUGAUGACGAAUUUGGGAUGAAUUUUGAAACCUGUUCUCCAAAACACAUUUCUGAUAGAACUAAAAGCAGUUUUGAAGAAAUACAUUCAAUACUUUCGGGUAUGGAUUUAGCGAAGUAUUAUUUAAAAGGACCGAAAGAAGCAAUGAAAGGAUCUCAGGAAAGACUUAAUCAACCACUUCGUAGAAGUGUAUCAGUUCAACCUGAGUUAAGUGGAUAUUACAAUAGCUCUGGCAAACGAUCCUUUCUAGAUGGCAUUCCACCACCACCUAAUGCUAAAUCCAUGCUUGAAUCGUAUGUUGAAUCAACUGUAAAACGUAACCGAGGGCGUAAUCACGAAAAGGUUUAUGCUUUAGAACUUUCUCCAAUUCAUAACUCAUCGCGAAAGGUCAGCAGCAAAUUGAAAGAACUCACAGAGAAACUUAGAUCAUCCUCUGCUCCUCCUUCUCCUCAUAGAAAGAUCAGACCUUUUGUGCCUUAUACAGCUCCACCAACAAGUACCAUUUCGUUUUGGAACGAACCACUGCCAGACCUAGAACCAUUGGCUUUACCAUUUAAAACGAAUGAAUGCAUGGAUAAGAAAAUAGAGAAUUCUGAACAAAAAAUUGAAGAAUAUCCUAAUGGAAUUUCAAAGAAAUCAUUUAAUAUUACUACUCCCUAUGCUACAUUGCCACGUAUGAAAGCUUCAGAGAACAUGCAAAGUAAGAAUUGUGAACCAAGAACUUUGGCAAGUCUAGAUUUAAAUAUUAAUUUUGAACAAUUCAGAAGUACAAGAUCUGCCAAUGAAAUAGACGAGUUUCAAAAAGAUUUUAGAAAUCAUGACGAUAAUAAUAUGAGAGAUAGGAAAGAGUUAGGUAGUGAAAAUGAAAACAUAAUUUUCAAUGAAACGACUUGCAAAGAAAGUUCGAUAAAUCAAAGCAGCCAUUCAAAUACUUCAAGUAGACGGAGCAGCUUAAAAAACAAUUCAAGCUCUUCAACGCAACGUUCGGAUUUUGAUCUUAAUUUUAAAAACUAUGGUUCGUUAACUUCUAAUCAGGAGAAAAAACUUGAUCGCAAAAAAAAUCAAAAUAAAUUUGACUCUCACUCAUCCAAUACUAUUCAUAGAACAGACUUAAAAAAGAUGAGUAUGUCGGCACAAAGGUUUCAUGAAGAAGAGAGUGAUAAGAAAAACGUUGGCAAGCAAAGCCCAGAAAUUAUGAAAGAUAACAACCAAAAAGGGACACAUCAAUCUGAAUUCUCAUAUGGAAAUGAAAAUGUUUUUUCGAAUCAUACAUAUUCAACAAAUGGUUCCCAGACGGUUCCAGCUGUAUCAUCUUCAACUGUGAAUACGCUAGAAGAAGAGAUUAGAACAAUAGCUAAGUUGUUGGAUGGAAAAGAAAGCUUAUUCCUCAAACUUAUCCAGUCUUCGAAAGUUGACAAUGAGGAACGUAAAGAAGUAAUGGAAGGUGAAAGGGAAUUGUCUCAAUCAGCUGGGAUACAAGAAAAAGCCGAUGAACUUCCUGAUCUCAAGUCAAAAAAUACAUCUGCCUUCCGAAGUACUGGUAGAAAUAGUCCAUCAAGACUACGAGCCAUGACAGUACCAGGAACUGAGCCAAAUCGAAAUAUUCCUCAGAAAUCUCCACCUCCACAGCAGAAGAGAUAUUAUAAGAAAAGGCUCAGAGGUCCUUACGGGGAAAUGUUAGAGCAAGAAAUGAGCAAAUCUGUCAAUAAAACUAGACCGUCUUAUGCGAAAGACCUAGAAUUUUUGAAGGAACUGGAGAAGUAUGAAUCUAAGACUGACACAUCUAGGGAUAAACAAACUGCCAGGCCAAGACCACUGCUUCGUUCUUCUAGCCAUUCGCUGGACGAAACCCAUUCAAUUACAGUUGAUAGUGGUCCCAAAAGAAAGACCAGUGCUAACAUUCCUCUUGUAAAUGGCAGCGAUAAACAAGAAUCGCUAAAUGUGCCAUCAUCAUCAGUCAGUGGCACUGUGUCCGAACCUACCCUUCAUAUAAGGAGUCAUAGCGACUCCGUCAAAACAUCUAGUACUUGGAAUGUGGAUACGUUACUCAGCAAAGUGAUUAAACAGUCGACGCAACAGGACACCAGAACACACAUAGUUGGAGAACUGUAUGAAACUGAAGUUUCUUACGUAGAAUCAUUACAAAUCAUAAUCAAGAAAUAUAUGAUUCCAUUGAAAACCAGCGAACACUCUGCGGAAAUUGAAGGCUUCCUAGUGGACCAGAUAUUCUAUCAAGUGCCGGAGAUUCUGAAAUUCCAUGAAACUUUUCUGGACACUUUAAAAGGAAGACUUAGUUACUGGGACACCAAACAGAAAAUCGGAGACGUAUUUGUGGAUGUG